AUGGCGCAGAGCAUGAGAGGCGGAGGGAGCUGCCGCGGCCACGGGAAAGGCCAAUACGGCAGCAGCCACAACCACCACCUCCACCACAGCGCGCUGUGCUGCCUCUCCGCCGCGCCGCCGCUGCCGGGGGACGCCACGCCGAUGCUGACGCCGGAGCCGGAGGCCGCCGCCGCGGCGGCCGCUGCGGCGGGGCCGGCCGUCGCGGUGGAGGGCGUGCUGCACAAGUGGACCAACUACGGCCGCGGGUGGCGGGAGCGCUGGUUCUCGCUCCGCGACGGCGUCCUGUCCUACUCCAAGAUUCGGGCCGCCGACGCGGGCGGCGUCGCCCGGGCCGGGGCGCGGGCGCAGGCGGGCGCGGCGGACGGCGACGGGGAGGUCAGGCUGAUCGGCUCCAGGGUGGGAGGAGCGCGCCGCACGGAGAAGCCCGCCGGCGUCGUUUUCCUCAAGGUGUCAGCAUUUCGGGAGAGUAAGUCGGACGAUAGGAGAUUCUACAUAUUUUCCCCCACCAAGACGCUUCACUUGAAGACGGACUCGAAAGAUGACCGAGUUGCUUGGAUUGAGGCCUUGAUCCUGGCAAGGAGUGUUUAUUCUCUCGGGUCACUCAGUGGGAGAGUAACUUUCGUGCAGAGCGAUGUUUCGAUUUCAACUGCAAAGCUUAGAGAUCGGAUGCAUCAGGAGGGUCUGAAUGAGAGUCUUAUACAGGACUGUGAACAGAUUGUGCUUUCUGAGUUCUCAAGUUACGAAAAGCAACUGAAGCGACGUUCUGAGGAUUACUUAAGCUUGUUUGGGUCCUGCAGACAUCAGUUUGAGGAAGGUAAAGAUGGAAGUAUAACACAGGAGGCAUUGACAAGAAAUGACUUCUCUAGUUCUCGGCAUGGAAAUUUUAGCGAAUAUAGCACAACAGAAUCUGAUGAGCAUGAGUUUGAGAAGCAAGAUGGAGGUGAAUUGAUUUGUGAAGAUGAAUCUACAUUCUUUGAUUCUGUAGACUACUUCACAGAGUCAGACAACAGAUCUGCAACCAUGUUAACUGGUCAGGAAGUUGUGGAUUCCCAAACGCAUGAUUCCAGUAACAACAGGUUACCGCAAAUCACACGACGGAGUAGGCUGCCUGAGCCUACUGAGAAAGAGAAAGGGAUCAGCCUCUGGUCCAUUAUUAAAGAUAGCGUUGGAAAGGAUUUGACACGAGUUUGUCUUCCAGUUUACUUCAAUGAACCACUCUCAUCCCUUCAGAAGUGCUUUGAAGAUUUGGAAUAUUCAUACCUCUUGGAUCAGGCAUAUCAACAUGGAAAAGUGGGGGACAGCCUCAUGAGAAUUCUCAAAGUAGCUGCUUUUGCGGUCUCUGGCUAUGCUUCAUCUGUUGCAAGACCUUGCAAACCAUUCAAUCCAUUGCUAGGAGAGACCUAUGAAGCUGAUUACCCUGACAAAGGAGUUCGUUUUUUUGCAGAAAAGGUUAGUCAUCAUCCAAUGCUGAUUGCCUGCCACUGUGAAGGCAAGGGCUGGAAAUUCUGGGGCGACAGCAAUCUCAAAUCCAAGUUUUGGGGGCAGUCAAUUCAAGUUGAACCAGUUGGCACUUUGACUCUGGAAUUUGAGGAUGGUGAAAUCUUCCAAUGGAAUAAGGUCACAACAACCAUUCACAAUCUCAUUCUUGGCAAGUUGUACUGCAGCCACCAUGGAACCAUGCACAUAAAAAUCGUCGUCAGUAUUCAUGUACAAGGCUUUGUAGAGGACAAUAAUGGGAACAAAGCUUCGUUUUUGAUAGGGAAGUGGGACGAAAGCAUGUAUUGUAGUAAUUCCGAUACUUUCAAGGAGAAACUUCCACCUACUGAUUCACGGCUCAGACCAGACCAGCGCCACCUAGAGAAUGGCGAAUACGAGAAGGCGAAUGCAGAGAAGUUGAGAUUGGAGCGCCGGCAAAGAAUGUCAACGAAACUUCAAGACAAUGGCUGGAAACCCAGGUGGUUCGAGCAGGACACCGAGGACGGGACGUAUCGCUACAAAGGCGGAUACUGGGAGACAAGAGAGAAGGGCUGCUGGGAUGGGUGCCUCGACAUAUUUGGGGAAUUUAUGGAAACAUGA